AUGGUUAAUGAGCUGUCUACAUCGUUCGCCGACCGGUCGGGGCCCCGUUCGUCGAUUCGUGCCGUGCCCUUCGAAAAUACCGUCCCUGUUGACGCCCCUCUUGCAAUUCGGUCGGUCUCGUUACCUACGCCAGAUGCGCCACUAGCUCCCAAUGGCCGAUCGUUAAGCACAAGCGCUACCUCGACUGGUCCCGGUGACAAUUCUUCCUCUGCAUACGCAUCACUGCACGAAAUCAAGCAUGACUCGCGUCUUGCGCCAUCCACGCCAACCGGCGAUGGAAGCCGAACAAUUCGAUCGGAGGGCCCCCCCUCGUUGCGCAGUGUGCCCAGCAUUCUUGCAGAUGAGCCAAACGCUCGUCCAAGCUCGCGACCAGGCUCACGGCCAGGUUCGCGUCCAGGCUCUCGGUGGUCGGAGCGCAAAUGGGGUGGUUUGAGGAAACGUUCGGCGGAGAUGGACAGGCAAUUUUGCUCGGAUUCGCCUCCGCCUGUACCUCGAAUCGAACGUCCCUUUUCUGGUAUUCCCCUCGAGAUACCGACGGCUGACUUGGAUGGAUUGAAUAAACCCAUGAAUUUUUCUACUCGCGGAAGCUUGAUCAAGAGCAAUGCAAACCGCCCCCGCCCGAAACCGUCCACGGAGAAGCUCGAGGCACACCCUGAACAAGUGCCAGACUUCACUCCUCAGAAGGCAGACGAAAAACCCGAGUUACAUUCCGAGAAGCAGGCCGAGAAGCAGGCCGAGAAGCAGGCCGAGAAGCAGGCCGAGAAGCAGCCGGAACAAAUCUCGGAAGACUCAACUCCUGAGUUGACCCCUUCCCCUUCCUUUACUCCAAGUCGAACGGAAGGUGAGAAUGGAACGCCGAAAGCAGUUCCGCGACGUACUCAACCGCAAGGAACCCUUCGCCCAAGACAGCUAAGUCUUCCAAGUAGGGUCAUUUCAGCGGACGAAGACAUGCUGUCACGGCGAGUUCGACUCAUGUACGAAAGGGGUGACGAUAACGUCACAGACUCUGAAGUUGCGAAAGCAAUGGCCUGCGAUAAUGGUGUUUUGUGGGAAGAGGGUGCCGCCACAGACUCCGAAGCCCCUGGCCCUCAACAAGCUGAACCUGAAACAAAGCCCCGAGCCUCAGCUGAAGUCGAGCGCAAGCGAAUUAAGAGGGAGACACAAGAGCUAGCAGGAGGUGCUGAGUAUUGGCAUGAUGUUAAAGCCGGAGAAGUCGAUCGUUAUGGCUUCAUUCGGCCUCCAACAACUGCCAAUGGCUCGGAGAUCAACCCGCUACAGCGAGUCACCACGAGUCUUCUUCUGGCUUCUGAGACACCGAGACGGAAACGUUCCAUUCGUCCCCCCUACUGCUUCCGCUGGCAACCGUUCCUUCCAUGGUCGUUCUCCAACCCGCCAAAGCUCCAUGGCUGGCCGGCCAUCGUCGUCGCAAAUGCGCCAUUGCGCCGCUCGACGUCUCGUUUACGUACUGCGACCAAUCGUCUUCCUCACAAUCGAGACCGUAAGGCCAAGGAUGAGGCUGCUGACAUGCUUACUCUGCCCACCGAGUUCGCUGCUGACCCGAGAGAAGACACUGCGAUUUCUCGCGCAAUGCGCAAGAAGGAAUGGCAGCGCGAGGACAAGUGGACGAAGAUGGCCAAGCCAACUCGGAAGACCAAAGACGGCGGUGGCAUGACCUUUGAGUUUGAUACACAUAGUUCCAAGUUGAUUGAGCGGACAUGGAAGGGCAUUCCAGACAGAUGGCGAUCCACAGCCUGGUACUCAUUCCUCGAGGCCAGUGCUAGACGUCACGCAGACAGUCCUUCUGAACAAGAGCUCGUCGAUGCUUUCCAUGAGUUUCAGUACGUCUCGUCGCCUGAUGAUGUUCAGAUCGACAUCGAUGUGCCGAGAACCAUCUCAAGUCACAUCAUGUUCCGGAGACGGUAUAGAGGUGGCCAGAGACUAUUGUUCCGUGUACUCCAUGCUAUGUCGCUAUAUUUCCCUGACACGGGCUAUGUGCAGGGCAUGGCAGCUCUCGCAGCUACCCUACUUGCAUACUAUGACGAAGAACACGCUUUCAUCAUGCUGGCAAGACUAUGGAAGCUACGGGGCCUGGAGGAGUUAUACAAGUCCGGCUUUGCUGGUUUGAUGGAAGCCUUGGCUGACUUUGAACGAGAGUGGUUGGCCGGUGGUGAAGUGGCCAGCAAACUAAAUGAAGUUGGAAUUCCACCCACGGCCUAUGGCACUCGUUGGUACCUCACCUUAUUCAACUACUCAAUCCCCUUCCCGGCCCAACUCCGGGUAUGGGAUGUCUUCAUGCUCCUUGGGGAUGCCGAAGAUACUCGGUCAGGAGCUUCGGGGAAGAAUGACGACUCUUCUGCUGACAACCCACGAACAUUCGGCCAAGGGCUUGAUGUUCUACACGCUUCGUCUGCUGCUCUUAUCGAUGGUAUGCGUGAUAUCAUCCUUGAGUCCGACUUUGAAAACAUCAUGAAAGUUUUGACUAGCUGGGUGCCCAUCAAAGACGUCGAAAUGUUCAUGCGUGUGGCCAAAGCGGAGUGGAAGGUUCAUCGCCGCCGCAAGACCUAA